GGUCGGAGCUGUCCUGUCCUCACAGUGUCCCACGUUGAGGGCAGAGCACAAUGGCGGGAGUCGCAGCUAAGUUGUUCAAAGAGAGAGCUGUGGCAGAAGGACUUGGCUCCAAUAGAAAACCAGUCAAGUAUUUAAACCAGGAUUACGAAGCCCUGAGGGACCAGUGUUUGCAGGCUGGCACUCUGUUUAAGGAUGAAGAAUUCCCAGCUUGUCCCUCUGCCUUGGGGUAUAGAGAACUGGGACCAUACUCCCCUAAAACACAGGGCGUAGUCUGGAAGCGACCCACGGAGUUAUGCACCAACCCUCAGUUUAUAGUUGGAGGAGCUACUCGGACAGACAUUUGCCAAGGGGCACUGGGUGACUGCUGGCUUCUUGCUGCCAUUGCAUCUCUCACCUUGGAUCAAGAAAUUCUAGAUAGAGUUGUUCCCAAAGACCAGAGCUUCCAGAAGGACUAUGCUGGGAUCUUUCACUUCCUGUUCUGGCAGUUUGGGGAGUGGGUGGAUGUUGUGGUCGAUGACAGGCUGCCCACCAAAAAUGGGGAACUGCUCUUCGUUCACUCAGAGGAAGGCAAUGAGUUCUGGAGUGCACUGCUGGAGAAGGCUUAUGCUAAGUUGAAUGGCUCUUAUGAAGCUCUCACAGGAGGCUCCACUAUAGAAGGGUUUGAGGAUUUCACUGGAGGCAUUUCUGAAUCAUAUGAGCUAAGAAAGGCACCACCCAACCUCUACCAAAUCAUCCAGAAGGCCCUGAAUGCUGGGUCAUUGCUUGGCUGCUCCAUUGAUACCACCAGUGCAGUUGAGACUGAAGCAAUCACACGUCAGAAACUAGUGAAGGGACAUGCUUAUUCUCUCACUGGAGCAGAAGAGGUGAAUUACCACAGGCGCCCAGAGAAACUAGUCAGGAUAAGAAAUCCCUGGGGUCAAGUGGAGUGGACUGGAGCCUGGUGUGAUAAUGCUCCAGAAUGGAAUUAUAUUGAUCCCAAACAGAAACAGGCUCUGGAUGAGCAGUCAGAUGAUGGAGAGUUUUGGAUGGCCUUUUCAGAUUUUAAAAGUCAGUUCACAAGGCUUGAGAUCUGCAACUUGAGUCCUGACACCCUGACAAGCAAGGAGGUCCAUAAGUGGGGUCUGACCUUGUUCAGUGGGCACUGGAUGCGUGGUUCUACUGCUGGAGGCUGCCAGAAUUAUCCCGUGACAUACUGGACCAAUCCCCAGUUUAAAAUCAGGCUGGAUGAGCCAGAUGAUGACCAUGAGGGAAAUGCAAAUGAACCAUGCUGCACUCUAUUGGUGGGGCUAAUGCAGAAGAACCGCAGAAGACAGAGGAGGGUGGGAGAAGCUCUCCUCAGCAUUGGCUAUUCUCUCUACCAGCUCCCAAAAGAGCUGGAAAACCACACAGAUGUUCAUUUGAGUCGAGAGUUCUUCACAAGGAACCUACCAGCAGCCCGGUCUGACUCUUAUAUCAACCUGCGUGAAGUCUCUAGCCGCAUGAAGCUGCCCCAAGGAGAAUAUCUCAUUGUACCAUCUACUUUUGAGCCUUUUAAAGAUGGAGAGUUCUGCCUUCGUGUUUUCACUGAGAAACAAGCAAAAGCUCAGGAAAUUGGUGAUGUGGUGGCUGCAAAACCAUAUGAGCCUCAUGUGGAUAACAAGGGCAUAGAUGAAGAGUUCAAGAGCCUCUUUCAAAAACUUUCUGGAGAGGACUCUGAAAUAACAGCUAAUGAACUUCAAACAACUCUGAACGGGGUUUUAGCAAAGAGAACAGAUGUUAAAAGUGAUGGAUUUAACAUAAACACCUGCAGGGAGAUGAUCAGCCUCUUAGAUACCAAUGGGACUGGCUCCUUGGGACUUGUAGAAUUCAAGACACUUUGGAUGAAGAUUCAAAAGUAUUUGGAGAUCUAUAAGAAAAUGGAUACUGACUAUUCUGGUACCAUAGAUGCUUAUGAGAUGCGAAAUGCCCUCAGAGAAGCAGGUUUCACUCUCAACAAUAAGGUGCAGGAAAUCAUUGUCGGCCGCUACGCCUGCAGCAAUCUGACCAUUGAUUUUGAUGGCUUUGUGGCCUGCAUGAUACGCCUGGAGACCCUGUUCAAAAUGUUCCAGCUUCUGGACAAAGACAGGAAGGGAGUCAUCCGGCUAUCUCUGGCUGAGUGGCUGUGCUGUGUGCUGGUUUGAGCCAUUAAGUCUGAAUUCAGCGGAGAUUCCCAGGAACCCUAAAAUGUGACGGGACUUUCAUACACCUGGGAGUAUAUGACAUUGUAUUUCCUGUAUCUCUGAGUGGCUCUGGUACUGCCACUCCUCUGUUAGGGGAUGGAAAGAAAUCUGUUUUCAUCCCUGGCAAUUUAUUUUCAAACAAAGCAAAAUAAAAACAAUCUUGCCAUUCUGAA